ACGAGCACAGAGUGAAAGCCACAACUUUCCUCGCUUCAUUAAUCAGCCUGAAACUCUGAAAGACAGCAUGCUGGUCAAAUUUAUCUGCGCUGUAGUCACCAGAGCGUUGUUUAUUUUAGUGUCUCUCAUUGGUGUAUGGAGGGUGACAUGGGUUAAAAAUAAUCAUUUAUACUGGUUUCUGACUAUCCUCUAUUUACCUCUGGUGGCUGAAAUGAUUCUGACUCUGAGAAGGAGAAAAGGGAAGGACUACAAAUGGUUUUCCCCGGCAAUACUGUUUUUCCUAAUCAGCAUUAUACCAACCAUAUGGAUCCUUCAGCUGCACCAUCAGAAAAACAAGUCAAGUAGUGCUAAGUGUACUAAUCUGGAUUCGACUCAGAGCAUCCAAGCAUUUCUACAUGAAUUGAGAAAUGCGACCAAUGGAAGCUUGAACGAACAGAACCCUCUGAGAUUUCUGUCAUCGGUUUGUGCCAAUGACUGGAUCCUGGCCCUUCAGCAAAUCGUCCUGAUCCUGCUGAUCGUGGGGAAGUGGCUGCUACCGAUCGCUGGAGGGGUCACCAGAGAUGAAAUAUCCCAGUUGUUGCUCAUCUUUGUAGGCACAGCUGCUGACAUCCUCGAGUUCAUCAGUGAGACGCUCGCUGAUGUGGCGGAGAACAGUAUACAGUUUGUGUACAUUAUUCUUGCAGUCUGGACAUUGAGCAUGCUACAGUUUCCUUUGCAUUUCUCAGUGGUCAAACCUGAGGAUUUCUGUGAAAGCCAGGAUGGAUCUCUCAUCGCCAAGUUCCGGACAGAUAUGUGGGACAUUGCAGGAACCAUUUUUCUUCAAGAUGGCCCUUUCUUUGUUGUCCGACUUGCAGUGAUGAUUUAUUUCUCUGACAUUCAUCAGAUGUUGGUCUUCUUCACCAUUAAGAACUUCCUAGUAGUGAUGAUUAACAUCUACAGGCUUUGGGUUAUUUACGUAGAUAACAAACCUUGACAUGCACAAACAGGAUCUUGUUCAGUCAAUCAGCUGCAGCGAUGAACGUUAUUUUGAGAACUGGCACUGCGCCAGUCACAGUCAAAAGUCUGAUUGUGCUAAUCAUUUUGAUUCAUUGUAACAGGACAGCUUAUUAAUAAUGUACGCAUGUACAACAUGUUAUAUUAUUAAUAAAGGCUGUCGAAGUGAGCGUGAGCAUAAUUAAAUUUGCUGCUAUUUGUGCUGCUGCUUUUUAAGGCAGUUAAAACGUUAAUUAAAUUUGACAUCAUAAACGUCUGAUUACUUAAAACUAAACCAGUACCAGAAACACACAUUUAGCAAAUGGUGCACAACUGAUGCACUGAAGUUUAAAAUUGUGAUUUAUUUGAAAACAAAAUUAUAAAUGAUGACAAUAAUAGUCAUGAAAAAUUAAAGAAAAAGAAUCAAUAAAAAUGAGUACAAAAACCAAACGGAGAGUACUCUGCUAUAACAUUUCUAACGUUAAUCUAAUCUAAGUAUAAUUACCUUCAGAGGACAAAAGACAAAUGUAGUAUUUUUCUGAUCUAACAAUAAAUGAGAAGCAAGA